AUGGCAUUAACAAAGGAUUCGUUUGAACGGAUUAAGUGGCUUAUCACAGCUGCCUGGUGGCUGCUGAUUGUUUUUGAAGCACAAGAAACUGAGGGGAUUCUAACUUUGGCAUCUGUAGAUGAUUUUGGGAGGCUGCACGGAGGAUAUGCAUAUAUCGAGCCAUGUGAGGGACGGGAUUGUUCGGUUUGUCGGUGCUUUCCAGAAAAAGGAUCAAGAGGUCAGCCUGGUGAGCUGGGAGCUCAAGGUCCGAUUGGGCCCUUGGGAGCUACAGGACCAGCUGGUCUGCCAGGAGAAAAAGGACAGAGAGGUGAGAACGGACAGCCGGGGCCGUCUGGAGAAAAAGGCGAUAAGGGCCCAACUGGAGUCCCAGGAUUCCCUGGCUUAGACGGUGUUCCUGGAUUACCGGGAAGCGGAGGACCCCGGGGCAAGCAUGGUUUAGACGGCUGCAAUGGCUCCCGAGGAGAUCCAGGAUUUCCAGGCGAAAACGGUUACAUGGGCCCGAGAGGUCCCUACGGAAAUCCAGGGCAGAAAGGAGAAAAAGGAAAUUCAGUGUAUAUUUCACAUUUUGAAAAAGGACCUCCAGGAGACAGAGGUCAUCCUGGCCCCCCUGGCAUGCCCGGACCUAGAGGGUCGAGAGGUGCAGCGGGCCCAUCUGGAUACCCAGGCCAACCUGGCUUGCCUGGUAUUCCGGGUUACCCUGGUUUGCCAGGUGAACAGGGAAAUCCAGGUAUUGGAGUGGAUGGACAAAAAGGGGAACCGGGUAUUCCUGGUUCUUACGGAUCUGCAGGUUUUCCGGGAAUGAAGGUCCACGAGGAGAUCCUGGAUUUCCGGGCCCCCCUGGUGCUUCGGGGUCUGCCUGGCCUGCCAGGAGUAAGUGGGGCACCAGGACCUCAAGGUUUUCAAGGUGACCCCGGUUUCCCUGGAACAGGAGAAUCAAUCCCAGGAAGACCUGGAUUUCCUGGACCACCAGGCCUCCCAGGACAGCCAGGACGACAAGGCUUACCCGGACUACCCAGUGUAAUCUGUACGGACAGAGGAGCUCCUGGAGAACCUGGAGCCAAAGGUCAGAUAGGCCUUCCGGGAAGAAAAGGUGAAAAGGGGGAGAAGGGAAACCAAGGCCUCUGCUCCUGUCGUGCUGGUCCUCCUGGUCCCCGUGGUAUGCAAGGACCUCCAGGUACUCAAGGAAAGAAAGGAGAAAUGGGAUACCCUGGAAGACACGGAGAAAAGGGUGACCCAGGCUUAUCUGGUGUGAUGGGAUCACCAGGGCUCCCUUGGGCAGAACCUUACGCUGGUGGACAGAGCCCCACGCUGUGUGUGUGGGGUGGUCAGGAACGCUCGCGAAAGCUGCUGAACAUCCAUCUUGGAACAAAAGGUGAAAGAGGUCCUGCUGGUGUUCCAGGAUUUCCAGGCCAAAGAGGUAAUGAUGGCAGAGAUGGGGAACUAGGACUGCCUGGGGAAAAAGGAGCCAAGGGCGACUCUGGAGUUCCACUGCCAGGCGAUAAAGGAUUCCCUGGGGUCCAAGGGCUUCCUGGGGUAACAGGAAGGACAGGAUUGCCUGGUCUGGGGUUUCCUGGCCCUCCUGGCGUCAGAGGAAGCCCUGGAGACGUUGGUGAUACCGGUGGUGUUGGGCUGCCAGGUCCAAAGGGCCAGAAAGGUGAGACUGUCUGCGUUGUGUCACCAUACCCUGGAAAUCCAGGUCCCCCAGGUUUUAAAGGUGUUCAAGGACCGAAGGGUUUAAAAGGACUCCCUGGUCAUCCUGGACCAGAUGGCUUUGAUGGGCAAAAAGGCCACCGAGGCAGGCCAGGAGCAGGAAUCCCUGGGCCAGAAGGCUUUCGAGGUGACGCUGGUGAUCCUGGUGAUGAAGGUGAAAGGGGAUUUACAGUUGAUGGUAAAAACGGCCCUCCAGGCCCACCCGGCAUAGACGGUCAGAAGGGUGUUCCGGGUGAUACCACGUACGGUCCUCCAGGAAUCCCCGGCAGCAGGGGACGGCCAGGACCCCCUGGUGCACAAGGAGCGAGGGGUGAUCCGGGCGUCCCUGGGCUUCGAGGACAGCCUGGUACCCCAGGGUUUCCAGGUGCCAAAGGUUUUAGAGGCCCAGAAGGUGCCAUAGGAGCACCAGGCUGUCCGGGCUUCCCUGGCUCACCAUGUGUCACGGGCUUACCAGGGCCACCAGGAUUCAGAGGUGCCACGGGCCCACCAGGACCUCAAGGCUUUAAAGGUCCGAGUGGAGACAGGGGACUAGCUGGGAGCCCUGGGAUCAAAGGUGUGAAAGGCUCACCUGGCUCACGAGGUCCCCCAGGGCCUCCAGGCUCCCGAGGACUUCCAGGACUUCCAGGCGAUAAAGGACCACCGGGUUUACCAGGACAAACAGGAAGCAAAGGGAUUCAAGGACCCCAAGGCUUCCCAGGACUCCCAGGAACACAAGGCCCCAUGGGAAUCCCUGGUGCAAAGGGUGAAGAAGGAGCAAUGGGUGCCCCUGGGCCCAGUGGAGACUCUGGAGAUGUGGGAUUAAAAGGUGAAAGAGGGCCUCCGGGAGACAGCGGCUACAUUAACGUCCGUCUUGAGAAAGGACAGAAGGGGGAACCAGGGCUUCCUGGUGAGAACGGAUUUAGAGGUGAAAGAGGACUCUGUGGAUUCCCAGGAGAAAAAGGAUCACCAGGUAUCCAAGGGCAACCUGGAGGACCAGGAUCCAAGGGUGACCCUGGAUACCCAGGAACACCUGGAUUCCCAGGAGAUGCAGGUCCUCAGGGAAUGCCAGGAGAACCUGGAGAAAAAGGGAAACAUGGAAUUUUGGGACCUCCAGGAUUGCAAGGAUUAGCUGGAUCCCCAGGCAGAAAAGGUCUCCCUGGACUGCCUGGACUGGAUGGCUUGGAUGGACUAAAAGGUCAAAAAGGUUCUGCAGGAGCUCCAGGUCAAAGUGAAACAGGGCCCCCAGGACACCCGGGAGAACCUGGGCCAAAGGGAGGCAGAGGUGAACCUGGCUGGCCCGGCGUUUCCAUCCCAGGCCCCCCUGGAGAACGGGGGUUCCCAGGAUUCCCAGGUAGAAGAGGACCUUCUGGACCCAUUGGACCUAGGGGAAGGUCUCCUGACAGUGCUUCUCCUGGUCCUCCGGGUGAUCAAGGACCGCCUGGUUUUGAUGGCGUCAGAGGUGAGCCUGGGAAUCCUGGUCCUCCCGGAGAGACUAUCUUUGUGCGAGGAGAUCCGGGCGAUACUGGUAUUCGAGGGGCACCAGGGAACCCUGGGCAACGAGGGCAGCAAGGAGCCAGAGGUCUUCCAGGGAACCCAGGAAGAGCAGGCCCAAAGGGUCCUAUGGGAAUCCACGGCCCACAGGGGCCACCUGGUGCUACAGGAGAACCAGGAGACCAGGGUUUACAAGGAAAACCCGGCCCCAGAGGGCCCACAGGUGACCCUGGUGAACCAGGAAAAAUAGAUGACUCGUGCCGUACAAUCCCAGGGCCACCUGGGGAAGCGGGGCCGAGGGGCCAUGAUGGCUCCGUGGGAGCACCAGGGCCGAUUGGCCACCCUGGACCCCCAGGAAGAAAAGGUGAAGAAGGCUCAUGUGGCCUGCCUGGCCAGGAUGGCUCACCUGGGGCUCCUGGGCCACCGGGUGACCAGGGCAGCAGAGGAGAGCAAGGAUACGCUGGGCCACAAGGUCCACCUGGCCAGACAGGUAUCCCCGGACCACCGGGUCCCCACAUUAGAUCUGCAAGCGGAUUCUUGCUCAUCCUCCACAGUCAGUCGGACAGAGAACCACUCUGUCCACAGGGGAUGCCCAAAUUAUGGACUGGCUACAGUCUCCUCUACCUGGAAGGGCAGGAGAAAGCUCAUAAUCAAGACCUGGGUCUGGCAGGAUCUUGUCUUCCCGUGUUUAACACCAUGCCCUUCGCUUACUGCAACAUCAACCAAGUCUGUUACUAUGCCAGUCGGAAUGACAAGUCCUACUGGCUGUCGAGCGCGGCUCCACUGCCGAUGGCGCCGCUCUCCGAGGAGGAGAUCCAGCCCUACAUCAGCAGGUGUGCCGUCUGCGAGGCCCCCGCGCAGGCCAUCGCCGUCCACAGCCAGGACCAGUCCAUUCCUCCCUGCCCGGCCAACUGGAGGAGUCUCUGGAUCGGAUACUCGUUUUUGAUGCAUACGGGAUCUGGUGACCAGGGUGGGGGACAGUCCCUUAUGUCCCCUGGAAGCUGCCUGGAGGACUUCAGAUCAGCCCCAUUCAUCGAGUGCCAGGGCCAGCGGGGAACGUGCCAGUUUUUUGCUAACGAGUACAGCUUCUGGCUAACGACCGUGAUGCCCGAACUGCAGUUUGCGUCAGCGCCCCUCUCAGGGACUCUCAAAGAAGGGCAAGAGCAAAGGAGGAGGAUCAGCAGGUGCCAGGUGUGCCUGAAGCACGGCUAG